GCUGCUCAUCCAGCUCCCGAUCCAGCUGCCGAGCCGGCCCUCGCCGCCAUGAGCGGGCUGGGGCAGCUGCGGGAGCAGCGGGAGGCGGCCGCCGUGCAGCGCCGGCGGGAGCAGGAGCUCCUGCGGCGGAGCCGCAUCUUCAACGCGCGGCUCCGCACCAUUGGGAUUGAUAAAGAUGCAUUGGAUGUGCAGGUCAAGGAAAGGAAAAUUCAAGAAGCAAUUGAAAAAGCACGACAUGAAAAAUUUGCUAAUGACAUGAAGAGGAAUGACAGGCUCAUGUGUCUGCUGGAAGAACAACAGAAAAGGGAAAUCAAAGACAUGAAUAAGGCUCUCAAGGAAUUUCAGAAGAAUCAGACCCCAGAAACAAGACGUGAGUUUGACCUGAAUGAUCCCCAGGCCCUCAAGAAGGACAGACCCGCCCGGGUUUCGGACACCGACCCUCGCUGUACCAUCUCUGGCAUGCAGAAGUUUGCAGGGGAAGACCUAAACUAUGAGCAGAGGAUGAAGUUCCAAAAGGAGCAGCUAAGAGAGUGGUCUCUUCAGCAGCAGAAAGACUGGAAGACUGCGUUAGCUGACCAAAAACUGGCAGAUGAUCUUUAUGACAAAUAUAGGGUUGAAGUCGACCGAAAGAUUCUGGAGCUCCAACGACAAGAAGAAGAAAGCAGGCGAGCUGUCUGUACAGCCACCAAGGAUUUCAACAGAAUCCAGGCUGAUGAACUAGCUUUUAAAAAGGAGCUGGACAAGUCUCAAACACUGAGAGACAACAUGGAUGAAAUUACCUUCCUGCUUCGAGGAGACUUCCUUUCUGAGAACCCUGCCCAAGCCCUCAGUCCCUUGGGUGACCGUGUGCUCGUGGACCGCUGGAAGGGCAUGAGCCCGGAGCAGCUGAUGGCAAUUCGGCACUACCAGAAGGAACAAGCUCAGGAGAACCUGAGGCUGAAGGAGCAGGAGCGGCAGCGGGAGGCGGAGUGGGACCGGCAGCGCCUGCAGGCGGCCAGAGCACAGAUGCUGCUGGAGAGGGAGCAGCGACGGCAGCGGCGGGAGCGGCGCCGGGACCUGGACUUCAUGAAUGCGGAGCUCUCCCAGGAGCAGAGGGCAAAGAACAUCUACCUUAAAGAAGAAGCGUAUUCCAACAUCCCAACAGCCCAGUAUUACGCACAGUUUAACACAACCACCCGGUGACAUUCUGGAUAAAUCAACCUGAAUUACACAGAAGUAUGUAGACAUUAAAAUUUCUAAGUGAGCCAUCCCAUGUUUUACUGUUUUAUCUAUUCCCCACCCUAUUCAAACACUGCACUCAAACUAAAAGGACAGUGUGCUAGGCCACACAGGAAAACAUAAAUAGUCUUUAAACAUUACUGUUGCUCUGUAAGUACUGAUAGAUUCAGUAGUAGAUUGUUUGACUCUUGUGUCUCAGGCUUAGCUGUAAUAUUUAAAUUAUUCAUGCCUUUCUGGAAAGAAAUGACAAUUUAAAAUACAAUGCUGCCUUAUUCUGCUUGGCCAGAGGGGAAUGCUGCCUGCCACAGAUCACAAGGGGUGCACACUUAGCAGGUUCCAGGGAGUGAAGAAAGAUGGCCUGGGCAGGAAACUCUGGGUUGGUCAGGUUUUGGUUUUUUGGUUUGGAUUUUCUUAAAGCAAAAAAACCAGCCAGACACAAAGGUGGGCAAAGAGGAAGAAGUGGCCAAGUUGGUCAGAGGAGUUGCUUUUAUUUCGUGAAUAGUGGGAAUAAGAAUGUAAGAUUUUGAUAGGCAUCAAGGUGAUUAUAGCCCUGAGACACAGCACUGAAAGGGAAUGUGUGUUAGAGUUAGUGGGGAAGGUAUGGGGGAAAGUGUUCCUGCAGACACCCUCACAGUGUUCCUGCAGACACCCUCACCCAGUCAAUGACAUUGGAAAAAUGGGCACAUGGGACAGGGGAAGAAACUAUGGAGAAGCAAUGUAAGAAACUAACUGCAUAGGGGAAAUGGAUGGUGGGGAUAACAAGGAGGUGAAAUCCAGAGGGAAAGAGGACAUGGACUGGAAAAAUGGUUAGGAGACUAACCCUGAGGGUUAGAUCUGAAACAGAAGAAAGAAUGAGAGUGACACGAGAGAUUCAGCCAAUAAUCCAAGAGCUCUGAGAUCGUGAACCCUUAAUGAAAUCGAGAGCCCAUUCUAUUCCAGAGAAUAGAUCUCAAACUAAUUGUGUGUAGCCUGCGUGCACUUGGGACGUAAACUUGGGGUAAAAACAUCCUGGUGAUGUUGGCUUGGAGCCCACUGAUGGUUCCUUGGCUCAGCAAGAGUGGUGACUUGGGAUGAACUCCCUGGUGAAGACGCCUACACCAAGCUAAGGAGGAGAGGUUUAAUAAAAACCAAGGCUGAGGUAAACUCAAGUGAGUUAUUCUCAUCUCUGACAAUAAGGAGGAAUGCAUGGUUUGACAUAUUAUCAGGAGAAUUUCAAGAUGUUUGAAGGAAGCAUUUCUUGAAAGGGGACUGUUUGAACAGGUCUGUUUGCUCAGCUGAAAUAGUGGCCCUGGGGAUCAGGCUGAUGGGAUGUUAUUACCUGGCUCAAAAUGGCCAUUAAACAGGAGGCUGGAAAAGAAAACCAAGUAAGGAGAACAUAAAAGUGGUUAAAGAAGUGUCUUGGGACAGGAUGAUCCUGAGCAAAAAGAUAUGUCCCAAUUUUUGCACAUUGAUACAGUUGAACCAAUUGCAGAUAGACAGAAGCUCAAGUAGGGAAGCAGAAUGGCCAACCUCAGAGGGCAGGUAUGUGUUAGAACAGACAGGCCAUCACAGGGGGUGGGAGGAUAAACCAAUGUGCUUUCUACAGCAGUUCUCAUGUCACUGAAGUUGGGUUUGAUCUGUGUGGAAUAUCUCAGACUCUGACCUUUUUUAACUGAACUUUUAAUUUCCUGACAGAAAAAAAUGAAUAAAGCAAGUGCUGAAAA